CUCGCUUUUGCCCCCUAGACCAGAGAUGCCUACCAUCGCCGGUCGUUCCCCGUCCACCUUCGCGGCUGCUGCUGACGCUCUCAAGCAGAUCGCAGCCGUCAAGUCGGAUCACUCCGGCCAGAUCCGAUCUAACGGCGCCUCUACUCCUCGGAAGCGGAGCUUGCCGCACGAUCCAGCCCUUUCAGAUUGCCCGAUCUCAUCGCCUUCGCCGGCAAAAUGGAAAUCACCUCGCCGGAGCAUCAAUGCCAGUCCAAACUGUCCUUCUAAGGGAACUGAAGAACUUUCUAGCGAUAAGCUAACGAGGCUACGGGAAUCUCCGCGGAAAAGAUUGUCUGAUGCUUUUCUCGCUAAAUCGAAGUGGAAUCCAAGAGAUGCUGACCACAUGAGUGCUGUGAAGGAGGCAUUGCAUGUGUCUACGGCGCCAUCUACAAUCGUGUGUCGCGAGGAUGAGCAGAAAAGGGUUUUGGACUUCUGCAAGACAUGUGUAGAGCAGGAAAAGGCUGGGAGUUUGUAUGUGUGUGGUUGUCCAGGGACCGGAAAAUCGUUGUUAAUGGAUAAAGUGAAACAGCUUCUGAUUGAUUGGACCAAGGAAGCAGGUUUUCAGCCACCCGAUGUUUUAGCCGUAAAUUGUACUUCUCUAACAACCACUUCUGAAAUCUUCAGCAAGAUACUUGGAAAACGCCAGCCACGGAAGAAAAUCAAUGCUUCUAUCUCACCCCUGCAGCAUCUUCAGAAGCUGUAUGCUCUAAAGCAGCAAACAACUGGCAUGAAGAUGAUGGUGAUAAUUGUUGAUGAGCUGGAUUAUUUGAUUACUAAAGACCGGGCUGUGCUUCAUGAUCUUUUUAUGCUGACAACUCUCCCAUUUUCCAGAUGUAUACUAAUAGGAGUUGCAAAUGCGAUAGACUUGGCUGAUCGGUUUCUUCCAAGACUUCGAGCGUUGAACUGCAAGCCUACGGUUGUAAGUUUUCGGGCUUAUUCUUAUGGUCAGAUCCUUAGGAUUCUUCAGCAGAGGCUAAUGCAGGCACUCCCCUACACUGUUUUCCAACCGCGAGCUUUGGAACUCUGUGCCAGAAAAGUAGCAUCAGCGUCUGGAGACAUGAGGAAAGCUCUAUGUGUUUGCAGGAGUGCAAUUGAGAUGCUUGAAGCAGAGUUGAAAGAAUUUACAGGCAAUGUUAAUUUGCCAUCCGCGGCUCCAGAAUUUUCUGCAAAGCCAGAAAUUGAUAUUGUGAGGGUUGAUCACAUGGCUCUGGCUUUGUCGAAGACAUAUAGAUCACCAACAGUGGACACCAUACAAUCUCUUCCACAACAUCAGCAGAUUAUACUUUGCUCCAGUGUAAAGCUUUUCCGAGGGGCAAAGAAGGAUGCAACUAUGGGGGAGUUGAAUAAAUUCUACAUGGAUAUCUGCAAAUCGGAGCUAAUCCCGCCAGUUGGGUUCCUGGAAUUUUUAAGUUUGUGCACAGUGCUUGGUGACCAGGGGCUUCUCAAAAUUGGCCAAUCUAGAGAAGAUAAAUUAAAAAGAGUGACACUAAGAGUAGACGAAGCAGACAUUACUUUUGCACUGCAGGGAGUUCGUUUGUUUCGAAAUUGUCUUCAGUAAUUCCAGCCUUCUGUUUAUGUGACUCAUGAUUCUUCAAAAGCUUGACAUUGGUGGCAAUUCCAUUCUGUACUCCUUCACCUGCUCCAGAUUUAAAGAUAUUUAGUGCCUUGGGGGCUUCCGGAAGAGAGGCAGUGUAGACGAAUCUUCCUCAGUCAUAUUAUGGCGACCAUGACUGAUGCCUGUUGGCCAAUUGCCACCACAGCUUCACAGAACAAGAAGUGAGCAUUUUACGGAAAUUGUACAAUAACUGAGAAUAACAAAAUUCAUUCUGUAACAUUAAUAAUUCUUUUUGCCAGCAUUAUUAGUAUUAUUCAUAUAAUUUCAUUUUAGCUCAUUGAAACAAAGUGUAGAGAGAAAAAAGGGGUGCUGUUUAUAGGUGAUUGGAUGGAAAGCCACUACCCAAAAUCCAACACUUAACUCCAGAAAGCUUAAUAAAAUUUUUAGGCACUGAUUAGUGA